CACAUCAGAACGCAGAUGCGGCUCUUGUGCACCCUCAAAACACCUAACGAACAAGUACUACCCUCACCUCUCCAAAGUCCAAGGUGCUGUCAUUGAUUUUUAAGCAUCCCAGAGACAUCUUGAAGAGCAGCUUGCCAAGAGAGUUCAAGAAAUGCUAAGGAGCUCCAGAAAAGCUGAAACAAUGAAAAGUCAGGUACAGUUUCUCUUCCUGCUGUCUUUGUUGUGCAGGGCGAUUUCACAGCAGAUCUACUACUCGAUUCCAGAGGAGCUGGCCAAGGGCUCGAGGGUGGGGAGCUUGGCUAAGGAUCUGAGACUCAGUGUCCAGGAGUUGCCAGCUCGAAAACUGAGAAUUAGUGCAGAAGAUUUUUUCAACGUGAGUGCAGAGAAUGGGGAUUUGCUAGUGAGCGGGAGGAUAGAUCGAGAGCAGAUUUGCGGAAGGAAAUUAGAGUGUGUGCUAGAAUUUGAAAUGGUUGCUGAAAACCCCAUGGCUAUUUUCCAUGUGAGCGUUGCAAUUCGAGAUAUUAAUGACAAUGCGCCGCAUUUCGUUGCAAAAGGCAUUGACUUGGAAAUCUGUGAGUCAGCCUUACCAGGGGUAAAAUUCCCUCUGGACUCUGCACUAGAUGCAGAUGUAGAAAGUAACUCACUGAAGACAUAUUCCAUCAACCACAAUGAGCACUUCUCUCUGUCAACAAAGGAAAGCCCUGAUGGAAGUAAAUACCCAGAAUUACUGCUGGAAAAACCUCUGGACAGAGAACAGCAGAGCUCCCACAAUUUAAUCCUGACUGCCAUGGAUGGUGGGGACCCUCCCCUAAGCGGCACUACCCAGAUCCGGAUACAGGUUACCGAUGCCAAUGACAAUGCUCCAGUGUUUAGCCAGGACACAUACAGGGUUAGCCUCCAAGAGAACGUGCCCCCGGGAACCUCUGUGCUGCGAGUCCUGGCCACUGACCAGGACCAGGGUGUUAAUGCAGAAAUCACCUAUGCCUUCCUUAAUGCCCCAACAAGUACCAGGCUCCUCUUCGUUCUUGAUCCAAAUACUGGCGACAUUGCAACCAACGGUACAUUGGACUUUGAAGAGGCCAGUAGGUAUACGUUGGGUAUAGAAGCCAAGGAUGGAAGGGUACACACAGCUCACUGCAAUGUUCAGGUUGAAAUUGUUGAUGAGAAUGACAAUGCCCCAGAAGUGACAUUCAUGUCCAUCUCUAACGAGAUUCCUGAGGGCUCAGAUGUUGGAACCGUAGUUGCCCUCAUUAAAGUGAGAGACCAGGAUUCUGGGCAAAAUGGUCUGGUGACAUGCUCUAUUCAGGAAGAAGUUCCCUUCAAAUUAGAAUCCACCUCUAAGAAUUAUUACAAGCUAGUGAUUGAUGGUGCCCUGGACCGGGAGGAGAGGGCAGAGUACAAUAUUACCGUCACAGCCACCGACAGGGGCGAGCCGCCCCUCUCCUCCAGCUCAAGCAUCACCCUGCACAUCUCAGACGUCAACGACAACGCUCCGGUUUUCCAGCAGGCCUCCUACGAGGUCCACGUGGCGGAGAACAACCCGCCCGGCGCCUCCAUCGCGCAAGUGAGCGCUCGCGAUCCCGACCUGGGGCCCAACGGCCACGUCUCCUACUCCAUCGUGGCCGGCGACCUGGAGCCGCGCGCGCUGGCGUCCUACGUGUCCGUGAGCGCGCAGAGCGGCGUGGUGUUCGCGCAGCGCGCCUUCGACCACGAGCAGCUGCGCGCCUUGGAGCUGACGCUGCAGGCCCGCGACCACGGCUCGCCCGCGCUCCGCGCCAACGUGAGCCUGCGCGUGCUGGUGGGCGACCGCAACGACAACGCGCCCCGGGUGCUGUACCCGGCGCUGGGGCCCGACGGCUCGGCGCUCUUCGACACGGUGCCGCGCGCCGCGCAGCCCGGCUACCUGGUGACCAAGGUGGUGGCGGUGGACGCGGACGCGGGGCACAACGCGUGGCUGUCGUACCACGUGCUGCAGGCCAGCGAGCCGGGCCUCUUCAGCCUGGGGCUGCGCACGGGCGAGGUGCGCACGGCGCGGGCCCUGGGCGAGCGGGACGCGGCCCGCCAGCGCCUGCUGGUCGCGGUGCGCGACGGGGGCCAGCCGCCCCUGUCGGCCACCGCCACGCUGCUGCUGGUGUUCGCGGACAGCCUGCAGGAGGCGCUGCCGGACCUGGGGGACGCUCCUCCCCCUUCGGACCCCCAGGCGGAGCUGCAGUUGUACCUGGUGGUGGCCUUGGCGCUGAUCUCGGUGCUCUUCCUGGUGGCGGUGACCCUGGCGGUGGCCCUCCACGUGCGACGCUCCUCCAGGCCUGGUGCCUGGGGCUGCUUUCAGCCUGGCCUCUGUGUCAAGGCCGGGCCCGUGGGUCCCCCCAACUACAGUGAAGGAACGUUGCCCUAUUCCUACAAUCUGUGUGUUGCCUCGCAUUCAGCAAAGACCAACUUUGAUUUUCACACCAUGACCACGGAAACAGCUCCUCCUCGGGAUCUCCUCGGUGAAGAUGCUUCUAUGGAUAUAUGUGCUAAUAAUGAAGACCCCCACAUCGCUCAUGAUUCCUCUUUUUCCUAUCACGUGAGUUUCUGCACACUCACUUAAAUUUUAUUACUUUAUUUUAUUCUCGGGAGUGCAUCAUUAGUUUGGGUCCUUGUUCAUUGUUCUAGUGAGGGUGGUGGGAGAGGAAGUGCAUUGGAUGGGUGGAGAUUGCUCCGUAGUCUGGUCAGUUACCUAAUUACUACUUCUCAAUGUGUACUCUUGGCAUUUCUCUAUGGUCAGCAAAGCCAUGCUAAAGACAGCCUUUUCUUGGAUGUCACCAGCCUUAGUAAUUGCAUUGCCCUUAUUUAGUUGAUGUGUGAUAUUCUUUUUUUCCCCAAGUUUUACUCUCUAUAAAUGUAUUGACAGCUCUU